AUGUCAAGAGAAGCAGUAUCGUAUCAUUUUACAAUAUGCUUCGCUUUGCUAAUCUUUUUGCAGUCUGCCAUCGCUAUUCCAAUGUUCUAUUCCAGGAAAUUGGCACUUCAACCAGAAGAAUUUUUGUUAACUUAUAUACCAUCAGAAUUCCAAAGGAGUUUGUCUGGUUCAUUGGAAGAUAUUCAUAGUGAUCACAUGCAAUAUUUACCAUUCCGACGACUUCAUCGGAAUAUCGGUGAAGGAGAUGAAGCACGCUACCAGAUCCGUCAUGUUGGUGAUUUGCCAAUGUUUCGAUUUGGAUAG